CAGCGUUUGACUGCUGUGACAGGGGGAGACCGUCGCUGUUUGGUUACCUUCUCUCUGUUUUAGAUGCCACUGGCAUGCUGUUGAGUGAAACAACCCUUUAAUUCAAGCCCCAUCUCUUCCACUCCGUGCAGCCUCUUGUCGUCUUUUGAAGUGUCUGUCGUGGUGGAUAGACAGUGAGAGGCAGAAGGACCAUGACUAGCAGGAGGCAAGGAGGGAGGAGGUGACAGGCUGGAUGAUGUUUUUAUUUUUUCUUCCGUCUUGUCAUGCAAAUCAUCGCUGACUUUUCCUGUAAUAAUAAUGUAACUGUGCCAGGAUUGGAAGAGAUUCUUCUUCCAUCAUUAUUCUCCCUCAACCUGCAAGAUCUUCCCACUCAGAUUAUGAUUAGUGUUGGGACAACCACCUUUGACCAUUUCCAGCUGUGAGAAGAAAAGGGAAAAUCAGUCUUAAUGAACCAAUAUUCGCUAGCCGAUGCCAUGACUGAUAACUUGAGGAUUUUAUAAUUCUCUCCGGAGGAAGAGCGUCGCAUCUUGUAAGGAGCCACAGAGGAAACUUCACCGUUCCGAAGUUAUCAGAGUCUAACAUGGGAUUUGGUGUGCUGGGGGUUUUCCUGGGGCUGCUCCUGGAGGUAUCCACCCAUGGACCUCAUGCUGUGCCUCGAGCAUCCUGGAGACGCCAAGAUGUAGAUCUUAUGGAGUUUUCGGAGCCUGGGAUCUUCAACUACUCAACGUUAUUGCUGAGUGAAGAAAGGGAUGCUUUGUACGUGGGAGCGAGAGAGGCUGUCUUUGAACUUAAUAAGAAGAAUGUGACCAUAAAAAACAACAAGGUUCAGUGGACAGUGGAAGAAACCCCCAUGUUGAUGUGCACGCUUAAAGGGAAAUCCAAAGAGAAAGACUGUCUAAAUUACAUCCGAGUGCUUCAGGUGGUCGAUGAUGACCGGCUGUAUGUCUGCGGAACUCACGCCUUUCAGCCUCAGUGCGACUACCUGAACCUGGAUGACUUUUCUUUGGCGGGUCAACGUGAAGACGGUCGGGGGAAGUGCUCCUUUGACCCCUCUCAGAGCUUUACAACGGUCAUGGUUGAUGGGGAGCUGUACUCAGGGACAGCUUAUAACUUCUUAGGCAGUGAACCGAUUAUUUCCAGAUACUCUCCAUCCCAGUCCCUGCUCAGGACCGAGUACUCCACAUCAUGGCUCAACGAGCCCAGUUUCGUUUUUGCUGACGUGAUCAGGGAGGGGAGGAACAGAGCAGAUGGCGAGGAUGACAAAAUCUAUUACUUCUUCACUGAGGUGUCAGUGGAGUACGAAUUCUUUGGCAAGCUGCUCAUCCCCAGGGUGGCCCGCGUCUGUAAGGGGGACCUCGGUGGCCAGCGCACCCUGCAGAAGAAGUGGACAUCCUUCCUGAAAGCCAAGCUGGUGUGCUCUAUGCCUGAGCUCAACUUUGUUUUCAACGUGGUGCAUGAUGUGUUCAUCCUGAAGGGGGCAGACUGGAGGGACACAGUCAUCUAUGGCGUCUUCACCUCCCAGUGGGGUAACGUGGGUCUGUCAGCAGUGUGUGCCUACAAUAUGACAGCAGUUGAAGAUGUUUUCUCAAAGGGGAAAUACAUGCAAAAGGCCACAGUGGAACAGUCCCACACCAAGUGGGUCCGGUACAAUGGUAUUACUCCAUCUCCACGACCUGGAGCAUGCAUUAAUAACCUCAUGCGACAACAGAACAUCAGUAGUUCUCUGCACCUGCCGGACAAGACCCUUCAGUUUGUGAAGGACCACCCUCUGCUGGAAGAUCCGGUCCUGCCCAUCGGCAACAGACCCCGCCUCAUCACCAAAGACGUCAAUUACACUCAGAUCGUUGUGGAGAGGGUUGCUGCGCUCGAUGGAAAUAUCUAUGAUGUCAUCUUCACCGGAACAGAUAAAGGAGUCCUGCACAAGUCAGUGUUGUUUGAAGGUGAAGUCCAUAUUGUGGAGGAGAUCCAGCUCUUAAAAAACUCUGAGCCCAUCAAGAACCUCCUUCUGUCCCCGAAGACACAGUCCCUGUAUGCGGGUUCAGACUCUGGUGUCGUCCAGUCCCCUACAUAUUUCUGUGACAAGUAUCUGACCUGCACUGACUGUGUCCUGGCCCGAGACCCCUACUGCGCCUGGGACCCUCACACUGAUGUGUGUGUUAACACCGUGAACCAUCGGGAAAGACGUCUAAUCCAGAGCCUAAAAGGUGACGCAAGCAUCUGUCCAUCAGUGGCGCCUUUAUCUCUUCAGGACUACCAGCGGGUUGUGGUGAAACCUGGGAGCUCUGCGGAGCUGCCCUGCCUGGUCCAGUCCAACAUGGCUCAUCUGCUGUGGAAGGCCAACAGCUCCGUGCUCACCGAGGCCUCCCGCUUCCACCUCAUCGGUGAAAACGGCCUCCUCAUCUACAGCGUGGCUCCAGAGGACCAAGGCCACUAUGAAUGCUGGUCCGUGGAGUGGGCCCCCGCUGCAGGGAAAAACUUCAGCCGGCUCCUGGCUGGGUACAUCCUGACUCUUGACCUUCCGGUGAGGCGGCCUCAGCAGACAGGUCACGUGACCACGACCCUGGGCAGCCAGGAGACCCCUGGCACGCAUAACGCUGCAGGUAAUGGUAAGACAGACAGAGUCCUGCUAACCUCAGCCCACGCCCCUCCCAGUUUUACAUCCACAGUCCUGUUCACUUCCCCACCCCAAACUGACUCAUCACUAACCCCACCCCCAACCAACAAGUUCCAGCCCAACCAGCCCUUUUCCCCGAGCUCCAAGCCGUCCCGGUCUGGGACCCAGGACACGACUACGACUUCAUAUUUGCAGCAGGACAACACCACCGCCCUCCUCUUCCUCUUCCUUCUGUUUUUCCUCCUUUUCGUGGCUGCGAUGGUGUACAACUGCUACAUGCAGUACCUCCCCCCUCCCUGCCUGCGGCUGCGAACCGCCCUGUUGGGUAAUCACAAGAGCACCCAUCAGCCUGAGUACAGGGCAUGUGAAGCAGGUCUAAUGGAGACCACAUCAACCACAGACAAGAUUCACAUGACGGAGCAGCCCACGCAGAACGGAAGUCAAAGCAGCCACAACCUGAGGGCGCUGCGGGACACCGGCUACGAGACUGAACCGGAGUGCGGUAAUGGGAGGAUCCCCUCGCACAGCUUCGGCGACGACAGCCCGACUACGCAGAAACCCUUUGAUGUCGAUUGUGAAUCGCAGCCCAUCCAGUUUGCAGACGCAGAUGCAGAUCUUUAGUCCCGUCUGGAAACUUGAGUUGAAUAAACAGCUCAUUCUGUUUUUAUUUCAUAGACUAAUUAAAGGGGGUCACGCUCUUGCUGCGUCUUCCCACAAGUUCCAAGUCUAAGUGGAAUCCUUGUGUGUCCAAUAGACAGUGUGACAUUAAGCUCAUUAAGCUGACACCAGGCGUCUCAUUUGCCUGCAGUGAUGUAAGUGCUGUCUGAAAUGGGGCCUGGGAUCAGCAGCGUAGAUGGUACAGGAGCUGCACCCACUCAGCUUAGUCCAGCAAGAAAAGCUAUUCCUUUAAUUCCAAAUUGGAAACAUUAUUUACCAAAUUGGUAAGUUGGCGUGAUGUUUUCCAAAUUGGGAGUCUCGUUACUUAUUUUGUACAGCCUGCGUGAAAAAAAGAAAUCUCCUGAUUUU